CCAGAAUUCAGUGCGUGACUUUCAGUUCCGGGGUCGGUGACCACCAGCCUGCUGUCAGCAGGAGAAAGGUUAAUGCGUGUGUGGAUGUAGUGUCUGUGGAGCGCUGUGAUGCCCCUGGAGGUCAGAUGGCCGUUCCCACAAUGCCCUGCUCUGGCAUGGAGGAUCUCCAGCUCACUGAUCAUGGGGAUGGUGGGCUCAUAUUCCUACUUCUGGACCAAGUACAUGAACUACUUGACGGUCCACAACCAGGAGGUUCUGUUGGACCUGAUUGACCAGAGGCCCUCCGACAGACCCCUCAUCACGCUGUCCAAUCACCAGUCUUGUAUGGAUGACCCGCACAUCUGGGGUGUGCUAAAGCUCAGACAGCUGUGGACCUAUAACAAGAUGCGAUGGACUCCUACAGCGUCUGACAUCUGUUUCACAAAAGAGCUGCAUUCAAGGUUCUUCAGCCGUGGAAAGUGUGUCCCUGUCUGCAGAGGUGACGGUGUUUACCAGAAAGGCAUGGAUUUUAUUGUGGAAAAAUUAAACGGAGGAGAAUGGGUGCACAUUUUUCCAGAAGGCAAAGUCAACUUAACUGAAGAAUGUAUUCGGUUAAAAUGGGGUGUCGGUCGGCUAAUAGCAGAGUGCUCUCUUAAUCCGAUCAUCCUGCCGCUCUGGCAUGUGGGUUUGAGUGACGUUCUGCCAAACGCAAAGCCCUACGUUCCUCGCACUGGCAAGAGAAUCACAGUCCUGGUGGGGAAACCGUUCAGUCUGAAAGACCUGGUUGAAUCCCUCCGAGCCGAAAACAAGAGCCAGAUGGAAAUGCGGAAAGUCUUGACUGAUUUCAUCCAGGGGGAGUUUCUGGGCCUGAAAGCCCAGGCCGAGGCCCUCCAUGGGCAGAUGCAGAUCAAAUCCUGAGUCCCCGCCGUCCCGCCUGCGACAAUAACGAUGAUCCUUUACCCUGAAACUGAGGGUAAAAACUUUACUACUGGAAGUUCAACCUCCCACCAUCCACUUCCCUUUUCUCCACUGGAGCACACACACCUCCACACUGGGACGUCAUCGAGUCGUCACAAUCCUCUGAACAUGUUGGGCACGUUUCUUGCGGCGUUGUGGGAUUAUGAUCUCUAUCGGUGGAAAAACUGAGGAGUCAUUUCCAAAUAAUGCUGAUGCAACAAAAACUCCUUUUGUUAAUGUUUAAAAGCAGGUGUCAUGUUUUUAUUUAAUAUAGAAAAUGCAUCAUUUGGUUCCUGGGAUGGGUUCUGAGCCGCUGCCACCCAAAACAGGGUGGACAGGUUGGAAAAUAGAAGUUACUUGAAUUUCAACCAAUCGACGCUGUGCGACCUCGACGCAGCCCGUCACUGAAUCGGUCGAAAGCAAUGAAAUAUCUUGAAUGUUUGUAGCUUCGUUUGAGCAUGAAGUAUCGUUAGUGUUACUUAUGGUGAUUUUAACUGCUCAGCUGGGUUUUCAUUUACUUUCCCAGCGGUACCAUCAUCUUGUACGUGCAGUGCCAAUGCAGGAAGUAGUUUCUUUAUGUGUUCAGGUGCAAAAUAAUGGUGUGGACAGCAGAAGCAUGCGGCAGGCCGGAGUCACUGAUCUGCUAUUAAUGUUUGCAUUUCUUAUUUGCUGUCACCGUGAUCUUUCCCUGACCUUAAGGUUUCAGUCUCCCACACACAUACAGGUGAUAACAGCAAGUGUGGUUCAAUACUACAUCAAACACUCGUGAGCAGCUACCCUUUUACCAGAAAUACAACAAGAGAAACGGGGGUAUACGUUUACAGCGCAGCCAAAUAAACUCAGGUUUAAAUAAAGAAAUCAGCCAAUAAUCUGCAUGUUUCCAUCGUGCUUUGAGCAACAGCCUUCUGAUUUCAUGCGGCACACGGCACCGGUGGUUUCCCCUCACAGAUCUUCAUCACGAUGGCUGCUGCUUCUGGUGCCAAUGCUCCGCAUAUCUGAAAAACGUUAGCUGUUAAACAUUUUCUUAGGCUGCUUUACAAUAAAAGCCAUCCUGUGUUUUGCCAGUUGAAUGCUUUUAAUUUGAAGCAGCAGAAGGAAAUGUUGUGUUAGAAUGAGCAGUAACUUAAUCCAUGUCUGAUACAGCUGCAGGGGAGUUAACAGGGAAGUCUAGAAGUGGAGUAAACGCUGCAUCCCGGGAAUUACUCCAGUUUAGGAAGGCAAUUUAAAUCCAGCACAGGAAUGGCGGACCCUGCUACUAACAAACGACUAGAAAUGGCAUUUAAAAAUGAGGGUUUCAUGAAAAUAUUAUGGAAUAAAACAUAAAGUGUUUUAGUUGCUUUUGCCUAUCCAUACUUUAACUUUAGUAUAUUUGCCAUUUUACAUGCAAGAAUGAAACAAAACAAACGUUGAAUGUAAUCCGAACGUUUGCAGAAUCGUCCAUGAUGUCUGCCGUUAGGGUUGCAUCAACCUGUUGCCCCAUUUUGAGGAGUACUUUACACAACUCGUUGGUUUGACACUAAAUAUUAGUACGCAGUGUGACGUAGCUUUAUAAAUCGUUAUCUAAUGAAGACUUCACUCAGCACUGUACUGCAUGGUUAACAUUUACAGCUGUUAUCAGAAAGACGCAUGCAGAGUAAAUACUCUGAUCGUAUGAUGAUGAUUGAUCAUCAUUUGUUUAGCUUUUGUUACGUCCAUGCAGCUUUUAAUGAGUCGACUGCUCGGUCAUAAUGUCCAUAACAUCACCAUGUGUCCUGCCAUCUUUUUCCUCAAGCGUACAUUUAUAUUAAGUUUUUUUUUUCUAGUUCAAUAUCUCUUUUCAACCUCUGAAUGCUACAUCAUUACAGAUGUGUAUAUAACUUCACACAGAUCAAUGGCUUUUAUAAGGGAGGAAAGGCCACGGCUUAGUGAUCUGUGGUUCUUUUAUAAAUGUAUCGCCUUACUGUCAUUGCCACUCUUUCCUGUUGUAUGUAAACGCCAAUAAAUCUUGAACUUUUAUCAA